AUGUCAACAAACAUUUGUGACAUUUGUUUGAGUAACAACGAAAACUUAGAAAUCAUAAAUGAAAACUCUAAGGAAAGAGACUCUGUUAUAGAAAAAUUACGUAAACUAGUCCCAGAAGUGCAAUGGAUAAUCCCUACAGCUUUGUGUACGAACUGUUUACAAGAUUUGAACAAAACUUACGCGUUCCGUGAACGUUGCAUCCAAUCGUACAUAACGAAGAGAACAAAAACUGAAACCUACUGUGAUGAUACAGACCAAGACAACCUAACUGACUUGCCUGAAACUGAACCAACAACAACAACCAAAUGCAACAUCUGUGAUGGCACCUUCAAAAACAAAUACUUGCUGAAACGUCAUAUAAAAAAUGUGCACGCAACAGCAAAACCGUACAAAUGUGAUCAGUGCGAGAGCUCGUUCACUUCGCAGGUCUAUUUGAACGCCCACAAACGUUACCACAACAAAGAACGAGCGUACAUAUGUUCAUAUUGUGGUAAAGGGUUCAUAACAACCAGUGAUCUCAACCACCAUGAGAAAAUCCACAAGGAGACUCGAAAUUAUGCAUGCAAACAAUGUCCAAAGGCGUUCAAGACGUCCAGCGACCUGUACAAGCACAAAAUGUGUGUGCACGGUGAUAAGAACCAGUGGAAGCACGUCUGCAAGUACUGCGACAAGCGUUUCCCGUUGAAAAUCAACCUGGAUACGCACGUCAAGACGCAUACCGGCGAACGGAACUUUACGUGCCGUGUGUGCGGACGCCGCUUCAUCAAUAACUCGGUGUUGAACAGGCAUAUGGAAACGCACGUUGAUUUCGUGCCGUUCAAGUGCGAGCACUGCCUGCAAAGUUACAAGCACAAGAAGAGUCUGGACGUCCACCUGUUUAGGGUGCACGGGAUAGGUAGCGGCGAAGAAGCCAAAGAGAGGGUCAAGAAGUAUUGUCACGUUUGUCCCAAGUCGUAUUUCGAUCGGAACAAGUUGGAAAAGCAUUUGAGGACGCACACGGGGGAAAGGCCCUUCAAGUGCGACGAUUGCGGUAAGGCUUUCGUCGACAAAAGUUAUGUGAAACAGCACAUGAAGACUGCACAUAAUAUUCUAAAAACUUAACUCAAUUUGCACAUGAAAUAAGGACUCUUGU